GAUUUAUAUUGUUCAUUGUUCACAAUACAUGUAUUGCAGUGCGGUCAUGAGUAAACGGCAAUCAUUACACAUCAAAGCAAAAUUAUUGGAAGUGUAAGUUAAUAUUUCAUUACGUAUUCAAGGAGGAAGACAUGGAAGCAACUACCGAAGAGGAAUACAUGGAAGGGAUCAUUCAAGACAAAAGCAUGGAAAAGUCCAUUGAUGACGAAAUCAUGGAAGAGACCAUUUAUGACGAAAUCAUGGAAGGGAUCAUUCAUGACGAAAGCAUGGAAGGGACCAUUCAUGACGAAAUCAUGGAAAGGACCAUGAAGGAGGAAGGCGGGGUAGAGACCUUUCAAGUGAAAGAUACUCAAAGAACUGCACAGUAUGUUGAGGAAGAGAAUGGCGAGGAGGAAAAUGAAGAUCAUUCUUAUAUUAGAAUUAUGAGAAGUCCUUUAGUUCUGGAAGGAUUUUUAUUAAAGAAUAAAGACAAUACCACAAACAUAAGAAAAGAAAGCAAAGAUCUGAUAAAUGAGGCUGGGACAUCGAGCGCUCUGUUGUCUGACGAUAAGAAGCAGAACAGUUCCAAGCUUUUUAAACUGUUGUCCAGGUUUAACCCAUUUACUGCCAAGAAUACGAAUGGAAAGGAAAAUAAUCACGGGAGAAAAGCAAAGAAAGGAAGGAGACCCAUUUUGUUAUUUUGUCGAUUGUUUGGAAGAUAACAAGGAAAUUUGAUAAAAUUUCCACAAAAAGAACAGUGAAAUGAUGUUUUUUUUCCAUAUCUUAUAGAAAAAAGUUGUUUUAAAUGUUUGAAGUACUUAAUGCUUAAUAAACGGGCUCAAAU